AUGGCGGACUACAGAACUGUGCUGUGUAUGCCUGUUGCAAAGUCGGCAAAUUCUGGAUGUACCGACGUAACCGUGCAGGAAAUGCUUUGCAUUGAGAUUGAAGAGCAUCCAUGGUUGUAUGUUAAGACUAGGUCUGAAUAUAAAGACACCUUGAAGCGAGCAAACGCCUGGCAGGCAAUUGCACGCACCCUGAAGCUCAACGGCUACAAGAACAGAACACUGUGGAUGCCAAAGGCAACUCCGAGGAAUACCAUGGGACCACUGCACAGGGAGAGCUCUGGCCAAACCUUUGAAUCAUCGGACACAUACAGAGGGUUACGAGACCAGGAAGAGCGAAACGAGCCUCCCACUGUUCCACCCCACAAACCAUCCAAAAGGAAGACUGCAUCAGGGAAGACGAGCUACCUCACACAGGCUUUAGCAGCAGCAACUGCACAGAUGGCGAGUGGAAGCCGGAAUGCACGCCUGCAUAUUGAUGCUGAUGACUGUGACACAAUGUUUUUGUUAAGUCUACGGGACAGUUUUAAGACUCUGUCAAACAAGAAAAAGAGACUCGCGCAGGUACAGAUCCAGAAGGUGCUGUUUGACUUGGAAUUUGGUGAAGAGAGUGAAUAA